CAACGUCUACUUUCCAGAGGCGGGAGUGUGCUGUGACUCUCUGCAAAAUCCAAUCGCAACGCACAGACAUAUCAGCAUCCGACCACGUAAGGACCCACAUAUAUUUCAGCAAUCAUGUAAGAGCAAUGCCAUACGUGUGCACACCUUUAAAAACUUGCUCCCAACUCAUCAUGUAGCCAGCUUUACGGGGUUCAAAUAACAGACCACUCCUAUCAAUAGCAAUAAUCUCCGUCGCUUCCAUUGCGCUGAGGAAAACAUCACACUGGAAGAGAACAUGUCUCAUUCCUUUGUGUUCUUCCUCUCCUUCUGGAGCUCUGUAAUUGUGGUCGGACGCGGUUGUCCUGAACUAUGCAACUGCUCCGACAAAUACGGACGCCACUUCGCUGAAUGCUCCUACAAAGACUUGGUUGACAUCCCUGAUAGGUUGCCCCCCAACGUGACCACUCUGAGUCUCACCGCCAACAGAAUAUCUCUGGUGGAGUCGGGCAGCUUCGACAAUGUGACCCAAGUCACAUCCUUGUGGAUGGCCCAUAACGAGAUAGUCACCAUCGAACCGGGCACCCUGGCUCCCCUGGUCCAGCUGAGGAACUUUGACGUCAGUCACAACAAGAUGGUGGAUUUCCCUUGGGAGGAUCUCUGUCACCUCACAGCCCUGCAGCUGCUGAAGAUGGACCACAAUGAGAUGGUCAGUCUGCCUAAAGACUCCUUCUCUAACCUCAAGGACCUGAGGUCUCUCCGCCUCAACAACAACAGGUUCACCACUAUAACGCAGGGGACUUUCGACAGCCUGAUCUCCCUGUCUCAUCUACAGCUCUAUAACAACCCAUUCACAUGCCACUGCAGGAUGGACUGGCUGAGGGACUGGAUUCUAAACGCCACCAUAUCGGUUCCAGAACAGAACUUGAUUGUCUGUGAAAAUCCAGAGCAGUUGAGAGGAGCGGUGAUCGUGAAACUGUCUGAGUCAAAGUGCAUGGCCCCGAAUGUUAGCAUAACGGCUGAGCCUAACGUUGAGAAUACGACACUCUAUGAAGGCACAGUGUUGAUCCUGAACUGUGAGAUCAAAGGGAACCCAAAGGCAGAGGUUAUCUGGAAAAUCCACACAAACCGUCAAAGUGUAGAGUACCCUCUGUCCACCAAAGAUAAAGAAUCAGCAGAAUCCAAUGAAUCUAACGAGGAUUCUAGAACGACAGACAAUCCAUUUGAAAUGUUCCAUAACGGCACUCUAGUCAUACCGCGCCUUAGUAAAAAGGACAAUGGCAACUACAGCUGUACCGCCACCAAUGAGUUUGGUAAAGAUGACGAUUCACUAUCAAUAGUAGUGGUAGUACCAAAACCACCACCACCUCAACCUGUUGGAAAAGUGAUUGACCCACCAGUUAUUAUUAAUGGGGAGAAAAUCCCCUCAGUACUUCAACCUGUGAUCAAAACCUCCAUUAAUAACCCUUUUAAAUCAUUGAAUAUUCCCCAUUUGGAGGGAAAGUACAAUAUCUUCCCAACCCUUCCUCCCAUUGAAGUUGACACUGAGCGUACGGCGCAAGUGCCCAAAUAUCCAUCCCGUGCAACUAGCAAAUGUACCUUGACCAGUGAGACACAGUACAUCUCCAACCAGGCCUUCAAUUUAAGCCUGGAAGAUGUCAGGCAGUAUACAUUUGACUUUGGAGUCAUAGCCUUAGGGGUGUCAGAGACCGAGGCUAAAGUUAGACUCAAUCCUCUACUCCUUCCUAAAGACAACACAGACAACCAUCUCAGCGCCUCAGAAGGGUUCAAUUCCAUCCACAACCAAUCAGAGGUAACCAGGAGAGCCCGGGCGGACUCAGGGCUGUAUCUGUGUGUCACCUCAGACCACAGACACUCAGCCAUCCAGUGGUCCAGGAUGGAAGAUGGCAUCAACACCUAUCUGUUCCAGGACCUACGCCCCGGCGCCAACUACUCCCUCUGUCUCACCUACAGAGGAGAGGACUGCGAGGUACAGGUCCUCUUCACCACCAGGAAGAGAGUUCCUAACCUGUUAAUCAUUAUAGUCGUCAGUAUCUGUCUCCUCACCGUCUCCACCGUGCCCCUGCUGGGGGCCACCUGCUUCCACCUGGUCUACAAAUAUAGGAACAAGACUUACAAGCUCAUCAUGAAGGCUAAAGACCACCAGCAUCACAUGGAGAGGAACCUAGUGGUCAACUUCAACCUGAGGAACUCGUACGCCGAGUCACAGACGCAGAUCACAGCCAGCGAGACGGGGGAGGGAGAGGACGGUGAGUCGGAGAGUGGGGGAGAGAGAGAGGAGGACGUGGAGGGGAGUGGGGUGACCGAGUCGUUCACUCUGUCUCAGUACAGAGGGAAUCUGGAUGAGUGUGAGAUGGGGUCAGAGUUCAGCGAUAGGUUACCACUCGGGGCAGAAGCUGUUAAUAUCUCUGGUCAGUACAAAGAGCCACACCACUGAUCCUGUUGUUGUUGUUAGUAUUUGAUAGAUCGUCUUGACUAGACAGGUUCUAGUCAUCUUCAGUCAGGAUCACAUGUAAUGUAAGUCUCACAGUAACUGUUUAUCGAUCCAUGAGAGAAGAACCUGUGACCUGUCAUUUUUCAAAAUGGCUGCCGUAUCAAUGACCUGGAUACAGUGUAGACCAAGUCAUCGGUUCUUCCGCUGUUGAAAGGUAAAGAAGGUAGUUUAUGUACGCUGUGAAGAUUAUGUCAAAGAAGAAAAUAAACCGUCCCUGUAGUAAAAUAUUUAAGCCUAUUCUAAAAAUAGACCCCUCCGGUGUGCUCUUCACAGAGGCGUUUCCUGAGACUUGUGACAGUUAUUCGGUGUAGUCUGUCACAGGCAAGAAGGCAAAGAGCUUUGUAAAUGUAUCUAAAAAUGUCUCUUCUUUAAAGUAACAGAUGCACUUAUGAAUGUCUAUGUUAAUCUAUUGUAGGCUAUCAAUGCUAUUUUCUAUCUAGAGUGAAUGUCUAUGUUAAUCUAUUGUAGGCUAUCAAUGCUAUUUUCUAUCUGGAGUGAAUGUCUAUGUUAAUCUAUUGUAGGCUAUCAAUGCUAUUUUCUAUCUAGAGUGAAUGUCUAUGUUAAUCUAUUGUAGGCUAUCAAUGCUAUUUUCUAUCUAGAGUGAAUGUCUAUGUUAAUCUGUUGUAGGCUAUCAAUGCUAUUUUCUAUCUAGAGUGAAUGUCUAUGUUAAUCUGUUGUAGGCUAUCAAUGCUAUUUUCUAUCUAGAGUGAAUGUCUAUGUUAAUCUAUUGUAGGCUAUCAAUGCUAUUUUCUAUCUGGAGUGAAUGUCUAUGUUAAUCUAUUGUAGGCUAUCAAUGCUAUUUUCUAUCUAGAGUGAAUGUCUAUGUUAAUCUAUUGUAGGCUAUCAAUGCUAUUUUCUAUCUAGAGUGAAUGUCUAUGUUAAUCUGUUGUAGGCUAUCAAUGCUAUUUUCUAUCUAGAGUGAAUGUCUAUGUUAAUCUGUUGUAGGCUAUCAAUGCUAUUUUCUAUCUAGAGUGAAUGUCUAUGUUAAUCUGUUGUAGGCUAUCAAUGCUAUUUUCUAUCUAGAGUGAAUGUCUAUGUUAAUCUAUUGUAGGCUAUCAAUGCUAUUUUCUAUCUAGAGUGAAUGUCUAUGUUAAUCUGUUGUAGGCUAUCAAUGCUAUUUUCUAUCUAGAGUGAAUGUCUAUGUUAAUCUAUUGUAGGCUAUCAAUGCUAUUUUCUAUCUAGAGUGAAUGUCUAUGUUAAUCUAUUGUAGGCUAUCAAUGCUAUUUUCUAUCUAGAGUGAAUGUCUAUGUUAAUCUAUUGUAGGCUAUCAAUGCUAUUUUCUAUCUAGAGUGAAUGUCCGCUUCACUGUUGCCAACAAACCCUUUAAGAUGUGUGUCACAAGCUAUUGUUGUACGUCAUUUUACAGUGACCUUUAACCCGGUAUUGUGUCAAUAAUAUACAGUACCAGACAAAAGUUUGGACACAAAAACCCUUGAAUGAGUAGGUCUUAAUUUUUUAUUUAUUUAUUUUUUACUAUUUUCUACAUUGUAGAAUAAUAGUGAGGACAUCAAAACUAUGAAAUAACACAUAUUGAAUCAUGUAGUAACCAAAAAAAAGUGUUCAACAAUUUAAAAUAGAUUUUAGAUUUUAGAUUCUUCAAGUAACCCCCCCACCUCCCCACCCCUUUGCCUUGAGGACAGCUUUGCACACUAUGUUUUGUUUUUACAUCUAAAGUGAACGUCCACUUCACUGUUGCCAACAAACCCUUAUUAAGCUGUGUGUCACAAGCUAUUGUUGUACGUCAUUUUACAGUGACCUUUAACCUGGUAAUGUGUCCAUAACAUACAUGACCCACGUGUCUCUAUCUCCUAUCCAUUAAAACCCCCACUGUUGCUCAACUCUUACAUUUUAACAGUAAGAUAAGUGUUACAUUUUGAUAGCGUAUGGUUAAAUGUAAGUGUUUCCGAUGUGUACAUUGCCUCAGUGUUCAUCCUCUGCUAUAUGUGCCUGAAGUAAUAAAGUAUUGACAAGGAA